GGACCCGCUGCUACGACAGGACAGUCGGGCUCCGUUCUUCGGCAGGCCCCACACACACGCACCGACCACAGGAAGUCUGUGCGCCACCGGACUCGCCACCAUGAGGGUCCUCGCUGCCCUCGCUUUGCUCGUCGCAGCUGUCGCUGCCUUGGAGGUCCCCUACUCCGUGCCGAAGCUCGUGUUCGAGCCCAGGCAGGAGUACCUGUACAAGUACCGUACGACCGUCGCCCUGAGUGUCCCUCAGAAGGCGUCGCACGCUACUGGCGAGGAAGUCUAUGGAUACUUGAAGAUCAGCGUCACCGCCGCCGACCCCGUCGCCAAGACGGCCAGGCUGUUCGUGCAGCUCCUCAACGUCACCACUUCGGUGUUCGACAAGGAAGUGCACGACCACACUGAGGCAGUGCCGGGCCUGUACCACACGCCCCUGGAGCAGUACCUGCAUCUCUUUGAGAAGCCGGUCGUCUUCACGGUCGAGCAGCUCAAGGUAACCGCCAUUGAGGCUCCCGAGGAUCUGCCCGAGCCUGUGGUGAACCUGUACCGUGGCCUCGCCUCUGUGCUGACCUUCAGCGAGCCGCUCACCCACGCUGUUCCCUUCAGCAAGGUGACGCCCGUCAGCCCUGACGACGAGGUGGUCGUGUACAAGGUCUUCGAGCACGACCUUGUGGGUAACUGCGAGACGACCUACCACGUCCUGUCCGACGUGCACGACUUCAGUGUGCUGAACCUCACCAAGAGCAAGAACUACCACAAGUGCUUGGGCCACACGUCUGUGUUCCACCACGCCGACUACGAGUACCAGGGAUGCCCGCAGACGUGCCAGGUGCACAAGCCCGUGACUGUCUUCGAGGGCGUCGAGCCUGAAUUCACUCAGUACAACGACCCCUAUGGAGCCGGAUGCGUCAAGGAGUUCUACGAUAAGAACGACCUUGGUGAUUCUUUCCUGACCGUCAAGUACAACGUCAGCGUUCUGGGAGAGUACGGUCUCCUGGAGACUGUCAAGGCCGUCGACAAGAAGGUUCUCGUCAGCGGAAAGCAGCAGCUCGUUGCCACCUCCGUCCUGGCCCUUGAGCUCUUGUACAAGAAGUCUGCCAUCAGCGUCUUUGAUGAGACCACGGUGCACGCUAGGACCUACAGCAACCUGACCUACGCCUACCCCGAGCAGCACUACGUGUCCCAUGGACCCGCCCUCGAGCUGGAGCACCUCAGCCUGUGGGGACCGAUCGACCGCAAGGAGGCCAUGGUGGCUGUCCGCGCCCUCGUCUCCAGGCUGGCCGAGCUGGUCGCUCUCGACGACCUCGAGGUCAAGGACGACUACGCCGAUCUGAUCGUGCAGCUGCUGACCGUGGUCAACGCCCUGCCCCAGGAAGACCUUGAGCUCCUCCUGAAGACCGUUGUAUCCAUCGAGAAGGUUAACGAAGUCAGCGAGAAGGAAUACAUCGAAAGGAAACUUCUUCUCGACGCCCUGAGCCUUGGUGGCACCGACGCUACGGCCAAGACUGUCCUCACGCUGCUCAAGGAAGAAAAGCUGACCCUCGUGGAGUCCGUGCACGUGCUGACCGCUCUGCAGACCUCCCUGGCCAAGCCCUCUACCGAAGUCCUUGACGAGCUUCUCGACCUGUGUGUCAGCGACAAGUUCACCGAGGAACGCCUGCUGUUCUCGACCUCUUGCCUGGCCCUCGCCAAGGCCGUGAGGAAGCACUGCACUCACCACGACUACCCGGUGUCGACCUACACCAACCUCAAGCAGAAGGCCAUGAUGAGGAACAUCAUGAAGAUCCGCUCCAAGCACCACAGUUCCUCGGAGGAGUUCGACGAUGAGGUGACCCCCGAGUACAAGGAGCUGCCCCAGUACGACACCAGUGUGUCGUGCUCUCUGCAAGACUACGAGAAGUACGUCCAGGCCGUCGUCAGCAAGCUGGAGCAGUCCAAGGAGUUCCACGUCGUCGCCGUCCUGCUGCACACGCUCGCCAAGUUGGAGCACCCGCUCGCCCUGAAGGCUGUCGUUCCGUUCGUGCUCGGCAAGCACCCGCUCUGCAAGGUCACCCUCGGCACCGAGGACGAGUCCGAGGCCUGCCAGUACCUGCGUCUGGUCACUCUCCACGCGCUCAAGCACAGCGCCGUCACCCAGGCCGCCCUCGUGCAGCCCGUGCUUCAGACCGUCUACUUCGACAAGGACGAGGACUACGAGCUUCGUGCCGUGGCGCUGUCGCUGCUGCUGCUCACGCACCCUCCGGAGCCCGUGCUGGCCCGCGUCGUGCUCGAGCUGCCCCGCGAGAAGAGCCUGCAGGUCGCCUCCUACACCUACCACGCCCUUCUGGCCUUCUCCAACCACACCCUGCCGUGCUACAAGCCCACUGUGCACCACCUCAAGAAGCUUCUUCCCGCUCUUACCCACCACAAGUAUGGCUUCCAGUACUCUACGUUUAACUACGUCACCGGCUACACCGUUGAAUCCGGCGUUGGUCUUCAGGGCUACCUCGGAGUCGUCAAGGGCAACAACUCCUUCUUGCCUCGUAGCGUCUUCUAUGGCCUUGACUUCACCAAGGGCCCGUACAGCUCUCCUCUCUUGGACGUCACGGUUGUGAGCAAGGGUCUCCAGAACGUGCACAAGCUGCUGCUCGGUGAGGAUGGCCCACUGUCUCUGCUUGCCAGCGCCUUCCAGAGGGUCCGCCGUGGCCUCCGCAUGAACCUUGCCGACACCUACACGCCUCUGACUGUGCUUCUCGACGUCCUCGACCAGCACUUCAACUUCGACACCGAGACCGUUGUCGAGGAGCCCAAGCUGGUGUUGGACACCAAGUUCCUGGGAACCGACCUGUUCCUGCCCCUCGACAAGUACUUCGUCAAGGAGCUUCUCACGAAGGGCGCCGAGUACGUCAAGGAGAAGUGGGUGCACCCGGUGAACUUCCGCUACGUGCAGCUGCGCGUGCCCUACACUUACCGCAAGGUUGUCCCCACCGUGGUGGGAUACCCGGUCGCCAUGACCACCCGCUACCCGACCAUCGUGUCCCUGUCACUCAAGGACUUGAAGGUCCGCUACCAGCCGAACCCCAAGACCCUCGUGCCUUCCAUCUUCGCCGUGUCUGCUUUGGUGCAGCCCACCGUGUACUCAACCGCCGUGACGUCCACCGUGACCGUGACUCCCUUCACCAAGCUGGUGGCCGCUGUCCGCGUCAUCGAGAAGACCCGCUUCACGCAGCCGCAUGACCUCGCCCUGCAGUUCUCCGGCGUAAACCACACCCUGGCGUUCACCUUCAGACCGCGUUUCACCAAGCUGUUCACCCACGAGACCAAGACCAUGACCUACACGACCCCGGCGUUCUUCUUCACCGCCCCGCAGCGAUCGGUGCUGGCCACCAUGUCCGUGCUGGCCACCCAGUCCAAGCCGUUCGAGUACAAGAAGGUCCUCGGCCACAAGUACGUCGGCGUCGGCCUCGAGGUCACCGGUCUCACCGCCGAGCCCACGAAGACCCCGCUGCUCCUGCUCGCCAAGCGCAAGGAGCUCGUGAAGUCCCUGCUCGAGGUCGUCCUCAACCCGUGGGCCGUCUCCAGGAAGUGGGAGGCCCGCCUCGUCCGCAACCCUCAGACCCCCGUUGACGAGUACAAGGUCGUCCUUCGCCUGAGCACCACGCUGAACGGCACCGACCCCGCCGACUACGUCAAGGAAGUCAAGCCCCUGUACCGCACCCAGGCGCACUACCCGUCCGUUCGCCACACCUACCCCGAGGACCUGAAGACGCCCGUCUACGAGGAGCUCUUCGUGAAGGCCACCGGAUUCCUGCCGCCCGAUCUCGACCACUACGAGGUCCUGCACAAGGUCGUGGAAGCCUCGAAGGUCGCGUCGUACCCCAAGGCCGACAACGUCAAGCCCCUGCUCCAGAACGUGACCAACACCACCUACGCUUAUGGAGUCGAGUUCGUCGUCUCUGCCCUCGGACCCAUGGUGCCCAAGGCCGUGUACGGUCACUUCGUGUACGGAACCAGCUUCGACAAGACCCUCAAGCUGUACCAGCUGUACGCCAACAAGGUCGAGAGCGACUACGAGGCUGUGGUGAACUCGGUCCUUCUGAAGUCGCCCAGGCCCAGCCCAUUCACGACUUUCGCCACGAAGAAGGAGGCCCAGUACCUGUACGGUACCAGCACCGCUGAACUCUUCUCCACACGCUACGGACCCCUCAAGUACAGCGUUGAGCUGGAAGCCACCCCGAGUGCCGAGCAGCUCGAGACGUAUCCGCUUAUGAUUGUUGAUGGCGUCAUGAAGAAGCUCCAAACCAAGCGUCCCAGAAUGAUUCAGAGCAGCCUCUGGGAGAGGGAGCCCGAAGAUGUUGACUACAGCUACAGACGCAAAAACCCCAGGUACGAAGAGUACGAAGAGUCCAAGCCUUACGCGGGGGUGAUGGAGAACAUCGGCGCGUACAGCGUACCCGUCAGCGAGCUGCCUUGGUACUACACCAAGUGCCAGGAGGACAUCGAGCUCGGCAAGGAACUCGUCAGCUACGCAUGCAAGAAGGUCCACUUGCACGAGCACCGCCUCGACAAGUUCGUCCUUAAGGUCACCCUGCCCACCCAGUACCCGAGCCUGGCGCUGAACGUCACCCACAAGCUGUUCCAGACGGCCAAGGUUCUCUUCUACGACAAGUCCACGACCGAGUACGUUGAGAGUCCCGCCGUGACCGAGGGCCAGUUCCUCGUGGAAGCUGUGCUCGAGGACCUGUACACCGGAGUGACCACGGCCAACGUGACCGUGCACACGCCCCACUUCGAGAAGGUCACCUUCACGCGCAUGCCUUGGCUCAAGCUCCUCAGGCCCACCGUCGCUUACGACUUGACCACGCAGCUGCUGGCCGUCGCCAGGAAGGGAUACCCGUUCCCGACUUGUAUGGUCAGCCCCUACUACCUGAAGACCUUCGACAACGUCACCCUGCCCCUGGAGACCCUGAAGAAGCAGGUUCCUCACGUGCUGCUUCGCCACGCUGUCGAUGACCCCGAGUUCUACGUCGUCCUGGAACAGAAGAGCGAGGAUGCUACGGCCCUGCAGGUCGUGCUGAAGAACCAGACCCUGGUGAAGCUGACGCCGCCCAAGGACCAGACCACGUACGAGGUCGAGGUCAACGGCACUCUGCUCACCGUGGACCCACUCCAGUCGCACGUGCUGCAGUACUACCACAACUACAGCUCGCAGGUGCUUCUCUACGUCACCGUCCACCACGAGGUGGCCCCGACCCUGUGGCUCAAGGUCCGCGACUCUGGCCUCCUCCUGGCUUACAACGGAAGCAGCGUUAUCGUCUCGGUGAAGAAACCUAAGUACACGGGUACCCUGGUUGGUCUCUGCGGCGACAACAACAAGGAGUCCCAGUACGAGUACGUCACCCCCGAGAAGUGCGUUGUUACCGAGGUGGAAGACUUCCUGAACUCCUAUUCCCUGGAGCCCGAGACCGUGCUCAAGGGUCACAUCUUCUGCCCGGCCGGCGUCACCCCCAAGUUCGGCACUCCCGUGUACGGCGGCAGGUACAACAGCACCAGCUACAACAGCACCUGGUACAACAGCACCCGGUACAACCACACCAGGUACAACAGCACCAGGUACAACAACACCAGGUACAACAGCACGAAGAUCAGCAAAAUCAGCAAGAUCAGCAAGAUCCGCGGACAAAAGGUGUACAAGGACGACGAUGUCUACGACGAAGUUGUCGCCCAGGUGACCAACCCCGAGUGUAUGACGGAGCGUCGCAAGGUCGUCUACGAGGGGGGCAAGGUCUGCAUAAGUCUGAACAAGGUGACCGCCUGCAAGCGCGGAUGCAAGCCCAGCAAGACUGAGCCGCGAGAGCUCGAGUUCACCUGCCUGGACAAGGAGAACUCGAAGCUGAAGAAGAUGCUCAAGGACAUCCAGAGCAAGCGCGAGCUGCCCAUGUCGCUGACCGACAUCCCGACCAUCACCAAGACCGUCGACGUGCCCGUCGACUGCGUCACCAAGUAGAGGAAGUCGCCAGGCCCGCCGCGCGACCGCCUGAUUUCUCGCGUUGUAGAAAAUAAACGAUAAUUUUUGUUUUUCUUGAAGUACCUUC